ACCAUCAGGAGCCAAACUAUUGUUGCCUCUGUUGCCCUCAUUUGAUUUCUUUCCUCUUCUUUCCCUUUUUUCAGCAGUCCUUGUCAGUCCUUUUUGUGUAUUUUUUGUGCAUCUCUACGGUACAAGCAAACAUGUUGCCACCAAAUGUUGUGGGUACAACUGUUACCAAGGGCUGAGAGAGGGGAAAAGGAAGAAGUGAGUGAGGGAAGACUGUGGAGGAGGUCUGGGGUCUGGGAUGUGGGCAGUGUUUGGAGAAAGGGAAUGUAUCAGACAGUGGGUAAACAUUGCUGCUAGCUUGACAGCACACACAGACACACACAUAUGCACACACAUGGAAACACAUUAACACACACACACCGUUCCACAGAGCUCCCGGAGGUACAGGAGUGUUUUCUUGGAAAUUUAAGACCUGUCUCUGCAGCUCCUGAUCAACAGGAUUAUAUAUCUCACCAGCUGUCUCCAUGGCUCUCCUGCGCUGUGCCGUGUUGGUGUUGCUCUGUGUUUUUCACUCUGCCUCGGCCACUGUUGUAGCUGAUGCAGACUACGGAGGCGUUCCUCUAUGGAUUAACCGCCUGCUGGGUGAACCCAGCGUGAUCAGCCUGCAUGGGCGUAUGGACCGGGCCUGGUUUCGAGCUAACAACCCGCAGGCCUGCCCUCAACAAUGUGACUGCCCCAUCCAGUGGCCCACAGCGGUCUACUGUGACCACAGGGGUUUGGCAGAGGUCCCUGACAGCCUGCCGGACAGAACACAAUACCUGUUUCUACAGGGAAACAACAUCUCGUCCCUGUCCUCUUUCCUGGCCAACAUCACCGGGCUACGCUGGCUCAUCCUGGACCACAACCAGCUGCAGAGCAACAAGCUGGACCAGGACGCCGCCCUGCAGAACCAGACCCAGCUGUACUACUUUUUCGCCAACCACAACCACCUGAGUUCAGUGCCCGGCAUGCUACCAGCAGGACUUAAGCAGCUGCGGCUGGCCCACAACCAAAUCAGCAGCAUCAACCCCGAAGCUUUCCAGAACCUGCACAACCUGACGCUGUUGCUGCUGCAGGGAAACAGACUGCAAACCAUCUCAGAGGGAGACCUCAAAGGUCUGGCCAGUCUGAAUCUGCUGGACCUCAGUGGGAAUUUGUUCUCAUCUGUCCCCAGGAAUUUACCUUCCACCAUCCAGCAGCUGUAUCUGUCCAAUAACUCUCUUUCUGGGCUGGAUGAGGACAGUUUUGUGGGGUUCCUCAACCUUAAGUACCUCCGUCUAAGUCACUGUGGUUUGAAGAGCGGUGGCGUCCACUGGGGGGUGUUCAAUUUCUCCAGCUUGGUGGAAUUGGACCUUUCUUAUAACAAACUCACUACCAUUCCCAUAGUCCCCACCACCCUGCAAUACCUCUACCUGGAGGCCAAUGAAAUACGAGAGUUCAACAUGACCAGUUUCUGCAGAGAGGUGGGACCUCUGUCCUAUUCCAGGAUGAAGAUCCUCCGACUGGAUGGAAACAAAAUGUUCUACCACCAGCUGCCAUUUGACUGGGUUUACUGCCUGCGAGUGCUUGAAAGUAUUUACAUCUGACUCCACCCAAAAUUAGGAUUAUUGUAUGUGACUGGCCAACCUCAUCUAGUGAUAUAAAGAAAAAAACAUGAUUCAAUUUAAGAUUUUUCUUUUGUAAGCCAAGUCAUCAUUUGUGAACUCAAACCACUCGGCCUUAAAACUAGAAACCAGCGAAGAAGACUCUAAUUUGUUGUGUCGUCAAUAUGUAGAUACACAGCCAGGCAAACUGAUGGGAAAACUGAGAUGCCAAAGCUUGAACCCAUACACUAAACCAGUGUUAUUUUAUCAUAAUGCCAAAAAUUCUGAUCAAAACAGUCCUCAUACCACCAGUGCAUUCCCAUGGGUUCCUCUCUCUUAUUCCAUCCUUUCCAAGUUCAGCCUCUGCAGGGUUGUACAUCUGUGUGUUAUUACCAAAUAGGAACUGUGACAAACCCUCUCAUUGCUUGACUUUAAAGAAUAAUGUGCUCUGGUUAGAGUGAGCUGUCUUGGGGCAAAGGGAAAUAUGUAUGAAUGGCAAAUUCAGUAGCUUUCCUUGGAGAGAAUCUGACUCAGUUAGUUGGACAGUGUUAAGCAGCCACACCAGUCCACUACUGGAAAUGGGUGGAAUAUGGAAAUGUUUUGAUGCAACUGCUGAAAAUCUUUAAAUCUCUCUCUAAAAACAACUUUUUAGAACAUAGCUCUUCAACCCUGUUUUCCAUGCUUUUCCAUGUGAAAUUUCAUACUUUAUAAUAAAGGGAGGUAACAAUGAUACAAUAUGUAAAAAAUGAACAAUGAACCAGUAAUCAAAAUGAAGAAUAUGCAUGGUGAAUGCAGCAACAAUGUAACAGUGAUGUAACAAUGUUUAUGGAAGAUUUAAAAUACCCAAAUAAACACAAAUCAAACAAAGAAACUAAAUCAAAUAUAAUACACCUUGUUAUAUCUAUUUCUUUUUAUGUAUGAAUUUACUGUCUUAAAUAAAAAAAUAAAAAAACAUUUUAAAAGAUAAAAAAAAUUACUUCCUUUUUGUCUACAAUAACCAAAUUUCCAUUCUGACAUGAAUAAAGCAAACUACUCAACCAUAGCUUUUAAAUGGUCCAUGGUCUACAGUAAGGACAAUAAAUGGUAUGUAUCUAGCUAUGAUGUAUGCAGUGUAAACAAGCAGAUAUGUAAUAUGUAAUAUGUGCAGUUUAAUAUGACAAGUACAAUCAGUUAAAUAUAGAAAACAAAAGAGUAAAUACAGUGGGAAAAAAAGAUCCAUGUGGCAGCUGCAGUGGUGGUAGAGACUUAAGUUCUGUACUGUUUUUGAUACCUUGAUAUUUGGCUUUUGAUGAUGCAUUAAAAGACUAAUUAACUUACA